AUAAAGCACGUCAGUCAAGCCGCCACUUUGAUUUUCUUCACUUUAACUUUAUGAGAUAAUCCAGUUAAGCAGUAUGCACUGGGACAAAUCGCCACCAUCAGCACUGGCCAGGCCCAAACCAUACCAAGGCGUUCGAGUCAGAGACCCAGUCAAAGAGCUGCUGAGGAGGAAGAGAAGCCUGGAGCUGCACAGCACCAAGACAGUGCCCCCUACUGUGGAUGUGGUCGGACACAACAACCAGUCUGCAUACACACAAGGCGUCUUCGGCUCUGAUGCCGUCGGCGGCUCACCAGGUGAGCCGUCCAGUGCAGUCAGCGAUGGAGGGCUGCAGUGUCCAGCGUGGAAAGCCGCACCCCCUGCGACCAGCGCCGUCCAGCAGCCUGCUGCAACACCCUGGUCUUCAUCUGACUACAACCAGCAGGACCGUCUGGCCUACUCAGCCACCCCCACCCUCACUGCUGAUGUGUACAUGCAGACUCUGUGUCCCAGCUACACCAUGCUUACCUAUACGCACACACCGCUGCUCACUAACUUUGGGACCAUACCUAUGACCCCUGCACCAGCCUCCCUCCCGCAGAUGGAGCUUCCAGACUCAGGGUUGACCUACCUCCCCUGGGCCCAGCCCCUCACCACCAUAUCUACCAUGCCCAGUCCGGGGGUCCAGUUUGCCCCUGGCCCCGCAGCUCUUCCCGGGUCACCGCUGGUCCACAUGCCCUUGUCCAUGUCUCUGACCACCAUGAUCCCUCAGUUGGAGGCUCAGAGUGGAGAUCCUCAGCCGCAGAUACUCGACCUCCCACAGCGCUCGGACCACCAGCUGGACCCUGAACCGCAAAGUCAGUCUCUGGAUGAAGAUCCAGGGGUAGAGCCGGAGUCACCGAGCCUCCUGGAUAAACUUCUGGAAGAUCAAAAGAACGAUGGCGGCAAGGAGGACAAAGACUCGUACAGCAACUCUCUCUUCACUCCGAGUGUCUAAAAAAAGGAGAGUUUUUCUGUCCAUAGAAAGCAGUAAUUUUUCUGUUUAUUUUAAAAGAUGAUUAAAGGAUAAUUUAGGUUUAUUACAACUUGGGUCCUCAAUUUCUGGCUGUGGGCAUGAUCUCUAUCCAUUAUGAUAGAGAUCAUAAUUGUUAACUGUAAUUGCAGAGAUCAAUGUUGGAUGAAUAACCGGAGGAAAUGGGCAAAAAUGUAUAUACUAAUAUUCACCAAUAAUAAAUGGGUGAAUAUUAGUGAAUAUAAAUCUUGAGAGCUGGUCUUGAACAGGGAUCCUAAGGCAAAAAUUCUGACAUCUUAGAAGUGAUGUUGCCAUGUUUCCAGAUCUCAGCAGCUAAUUUAGGAAGAGCACAGUUAUUAUAACAGAUGGGAAUAAUGAUCAGAAAUACUCAAAGUAAGACCUAAGUUGGAAUAAAGCAGAAUUAGCUUUUUUAUUAGUUACGGCUGUUUUUCCUGGAAUGACCAAAAUACUGUGGACUCUUAUUUUCUGUUUUUCGUUAUCUAUGCAUGUAAUAUGUAGCGGAGGGAAAAGCAACCUCUUUCUCUGCUUAUACAGAAUGCCGUUUAGUAUUAUUUUAUGCUUAUGUGUUGCAAUAAAAUGCUCUACCUGA